AUGAUCAAUCGAGUUACGUUAGCUGGUGGUUGUUUCUGGUGUCAUCAGGAGAUCUUCAAGAACUUGAGGGGUGUGGAAGAGUGUGUGGUGGGAUAUUGUGGAGGGGUGGCCGGUGUUGUACCCACUUACGAGACAGUGGAUGACACCGACCAUGCAGAGGUGGUACACAUUGUCUACGACGAUGAUCUCAUCAGUCUCGACCAGCUCUUCGACGCCUUCUUUUUGGUACACGACCCGACUCAACUCGACCGGCAAGGCGAAGAUCAAGGACGUCAGUACCGCAGCGCCAUAUUCGUGCACAACGCCAAAGACCUGCAGACGGCCCAGGAUGCAAUAGGCCGUGCCAAGAAGCUCUGGGAAGUAGAGGGAGCUCACAUACCAAGAACGGUAGUCACCACUGUACAACUUGUACCGGUGUCAGACUUUUAUAGGGCUGAAGACUACCACCAAAACUUCGCUGUCAAGAACCCAAAGAAUGAGUACUGCAAACGCGUCGUAAACGAAAAGGUUAGGGACGCCCGCAAGCUUCUCAGAGACCUCAUGAAACCGACCUCUGCACCUGUUCCAAACCGCCCAGAACUCCCGGCUGCCGAGAGCAGUGAAUCCAAGCAGCUGCCCUGUAACUAG